AUGCAAGACGUGACCUUGGAAAACUGGCAAGAAAUGGCUAUGUCGAGAUCAGUGUCAGAUUCUUCGCCCAGGUCAUUACACCAGAGAGAACUUACCCAGUUAAAAGACCUGAAGGAUCUUCAAAUGUUCCCUGAAGGCUCAAAUGUUGGACCCGGUUUGCCCCCCAACACACCAGCUAAGCUGGAAAACCUCGCUCCUUCUUCAGAGGGAAUGAGUCAAAAGGGGUUAGAGGCAUCCGGGAUAAAGCCCACUGCAAAUCCCUCGAAAGAAUUACAAAUCCAGACACAUCUUAGCAAAGAACUAACAGACAGAAGCUCCAAACAGCAGGCAAGCAGUCCAAAGAGGAAAACUACGUCGAACAUCCACAACAGCCCAGUCUUGCCAAUUGAAGAACAAACUACAUCUUUCAAUUCAAACGAAUCUUUUCUAGAUUAUAGUGCCAAGGAUGAGAGUGAAUCUCUUCUAAAAGAUCAGCCGAAGGAAAACAAUAUUAGAAUGUCCUUCUCGCCAUGGGGCAAGCUGUUAAAUAUGUACAGCAAAAUGAAAAAGUCUCCUGUUCCCAAACUAUACAGCACGGAGAACGCUCAAGGGGUGCUGAAGGAUGAUGGUCAACGCAUUCGACUGAUAGUAUACAGAUAUAAUGAGAAAAAUCCCAUGGUUUUCAGUCACUUUAGAACAACUGAUUCCGUAGGUUUCGUUGAAAUGGAAAUCAAGAAAAUGCUUGAUGUUCACCAUGAUGUCCGGUUGUGGAAGAAAGGUUUGAAUGACGAGACCAGUCUACUGCACCGGUCGGAUUCAACACUGAAAGAUGCUGGAAUCAUUCACGAGCAGGUUCUGCUUCUUGAGGAGAAAACUAUACACGGAAGCAAAUCUUGGCAUUAGGAUGGAAAUUCUAAUUGAGAAAAUUAAAUUAAAAAGAUAAAAAUAAUUCCAAUAGUAAAAGAAGACAGAGCGUACCGAAGAAAUAUCACGUUAAUUUAAACAGAUUAUAAUCCAGAUUUCAGCCUCAGUGGCCCAAUUUGGGUCAAAUGUCCAUUUUAUAUCCUUUCCACCUCAACCAAUGAAAACUAAAAUCAGGCAGAGUGUAAAAUGGAUGGCCAAACCAAACCAGCCCAUUCUCUCCACAUUAUAAUGGAAAUCAGGGUUUGUGUCUCCGAAUGUUUUUCAAUCCAGUCAAAUGUAUUACCAUUCCAAGUAUUCUCGUGGAUCCACUUUCUCAGGGUUACAAUUCUGCCUCGAAAUCAUCUCUUCCAAAAUGUUCAAAGUCAGUCACUGAUGUGACUUGGUGGCCCUCACGUUCACAAGACGAACAGGAUCUUCAUUUGAAGAAUGCAUUGGUUUUAUGGAAGGAAGAUGGAUUGUGGUGAAGCAUAUAUCUCCUUUGCACUUGCCACUCCUGGCAAAAUAGACUGUGCAAAAGGUUGAUCGUAUUUUUGCUGGGUACUGGAUUCAGGACUUGUAUGCACAUUCAUGGUUUGAAUAUAACCUUCUGUGGACUAGUAAAGUAAUUGCAAUUUAGCAUUUAGCACGUUUUGAUGCUUAUGGAAUCCAAAAAUAAAUGGCUGUGCCAAGUAGAUGAAUCCUACUGUGUUUUUA